AGAAUUUUACUGGAUGUUCAUAAUUAAUGAGCCAGUUGAAAGUUCAAAUGGUAACAAAAAAUGGCAAGUUUGGCUGCCCAUGACCCUCUUUGAGGGCCUCUUAAGUCAAGAACGGGUGGUUCAUUGUCUUCAAAAGUCUGCUCAUAUCAAAGUUUCCAGAUAUUUAGUUCAAAGCUUGUUCCAUAGGGACCAGACUGUGCACUUGCUCCCUCGGGAAGAGACCUAGGAGUAGGGGUACUUUCUUGAUCUGUUAGGUUGGAAUCCACUUUAGAAUCACCAGUUGAGGAUUUUAAAAAAAAAAUUAAAAAAAAAAAAUUAAAUUUUUGAGUUUCUACCACAGAUUUGACCUCCCAAAUAUCAUACUGUUUCUGUUCAAUCAUAGGGCACUAUUUUUUUCAGGGGCACGUUCAUUUAAGCAUUGUUAUUUUUUAUUAUUUUAUAUUACAGAUUUGACUUCCCAAAUAUCAUACCGUUUCUGUCCAAUCAUAAGGCACUAUUUUUCAGGGGCGCUUGCAUUUAAGCAUUGUUAUUUCUUACUAUUUUAUAUUUGUGUUAUUCUAUUGGUUGACGAGGUUACGUCCCAAAAAAAUAAAAGAUAAAAAAAAUAUUGCCCUUAAAGUACUUCAAGAUAUCUUUUAUACGCUGGAGCAUAUACCUGCGAGAGCAUAAUCUUUUGUCGGAUUUAUAUAGGAGUUGUCGAAAAGGAACACUUCAACCGUUUUUUAUGAGGAGUGAUUUCAUGUAUGUAGGUUUUAAUUUUGAGCUACCACCGUCCUCUGCAAUCGGAACUUUUGAGUUCCAUUGUUUUAAGGAAAAGAAAAAGAUGUGGAAGCUAAAAGUCCUUGGCUACUUUUAGCUUCGGACUCACCAAGGGUGGGUCUAGGCUGGAGUCCCCCCCAGGUCUCACACUGGUGAGUCCUGAGGCAGACCAAGAAAUUUCAACAAGAUACUAAAAAACUGGGAGACUAGGGCCUGGUUUUUCAGACCAGGUAUCUCCAGCCCUCCGAACUGGUCCGACUUGGGCGAAUCCUGAGUUGAACAUGCAAUUGCUUAAUUGCUGCUGCAGGCCAAACUAGAAGCAACUCAUCCUAACCCACUUUCUCUCUACCUCUCUUUCUUCUCAUAAGAGUAGAGAAUAUGGGGGAAGUCGGCGACCGUCCGCAAGUGUUGAGAAGGAGGGGCUGCACUUGCACUAAAGAAGACUUUUUACCCGAAGAGUCGUUCAAAAGUUGGGGUAAUUACACAAGGUCCUUGAGUGAAAUGUGGCCGAGGCUCAAAGAUCGGAUCUUGACUCGAUCUCUUGAUGAGACUGAACUCAAUGAGAUUCGAGCUCGAAGUCACAACGAAAUGAAAAAGAACUUGAAAUGGUGGGAUCUCAUGUGGUUUGGCAUUGGAGCUGUGAUAGGAGCUGGUAUAUUCGUGCUUACGGGUCGCGAGGCCAAGCAAGGGGCUGGACCAGCUGUUGUCCUCUCCUAUGUUGUUUCCGGAAUUUCAGCCAUGCUUGCUGUGUUUUGCUACACUGAAUUUGCAGUUGAAAUCCCUGUAGCAGGGGGCUCCUUUGCGUACCUCCGCGUUGAGCUGGGCGAUUUCAUGGCCUUCAUCGCUGCUGGCAACAUCCUCUUGGAGUAUGUAAUCGGCGGUGCUGCUGUUGCCCGUGCGUGGACCUCCUACUUUGCCACACUCCUCAACCACCAUCCCGAUGACUUUCGUAUCAUCACGAACCUUGCUCCGGACUACAAUAAGCUAGACCCCAUCGCCGUAGUUGUGCUCAUAAUCGUCUGUAUCGUUGCAGUCCUCAGCACCAAGGGCACCUCACGGUUCAAUUACAUUGCGUCCAUAAUCCAUAUUGCUGUGAUCGUCUUCAUCAUAAUUGCUGGUCUUACCCAUGCAGACACCAAAAAUUACACUAAUUUUAUUCCGUUUGGGUCCCGAGGAGUCUUCAAGGCGUCGGCUGUUUUGUUCUUCGCAUAUGUCGGAUUUGAUGCAGUGUCCACUAUGGCAGAGGAAACCAAGGAUCCAGGUCGAGACAUCCCAAUAGGGUUAGUGGGUUCUAUGGCUAUAACUACCCUAGCAUAUUGUCUGUUGGCUGUGACUCUAUGUCUGAUGCAGCCAUAUGCUGAGAUCGAUAAGGACGCCCCCUUCUCUGUCGCCUUUCAGGCAGUUGGCAUGGGUUGGGCUAAGUACAUUGUGGCCUUCGGGGCGCUAAAGGGCAUGACCACUGUGCUCCUAGUUGGUGCGGUGGGCCAGGCUAGGUACCUGACCCACAUUGCCCGCACCCACAUGGUCCCACCUUGGCUUGCAUUGGUCCACCCAAAGACUGGAACACCUAGCAACGCGACUGCCGUCAUGCUUGGUGCCACCGCAGUGAUCGCAUUCUUCACUGACCUCGACAUCCUGUCCAGCCUCCUAUCGAUCUCCACCCUCUUCAUAUUCUCUCUUGUCGGAGUAGCCCUCAUAGUUCGCCGACAUUAUGUCUCUGGAGAAACAACUCUCUCUAACUGGGCCAAGCUCGUUGCAUUCAUAGUCCUUAUAAUUGGUUCCUCUAUUGCAACUGCAGUAUACUGGGCUCUAGGAGGAGAUGGUUGGAUAGGAUUCGUGAUCACCGUUCCAUUAUGGUUCCUAUCAACCUGCGGUCUGUGGCUUACAGUACCAAAAGCCCGAGAGCCCAAGAUCUGGGGUGUCCCUCUCGUGCCUUGGCUCCCUUCAGCAUCAAUCGCUAUCAACAUAUUCUUGUUGGGAUCAAUCGACGCCCACUCAUUUAUGAGGUUCGGGCUUUGGACCGCUGUGAUUCUCGUGUACUAUUUCUUCUUUGGCCUUCAUGCUUCUUAUGACACUGCAAAGGAGGCCGACCAGGCCAGAUUGGGCCUGAAACUUGAGGGUGGGCUCAAAAGCCCCAACAAUGGGGUUUCAGGUUAGAUAAAGCACAGUUGUUUGGCCUAGGCUUGGGCUUGGGUCCGGCCUGGCUUGGCAGCCGGUCCACUCCUUAAUGGAAAGGGGGACCCAUUAUUCAAAUGGCGGACAGUUAUAAUGUUAAAACUUUUAUGUCUUUCUUCUUCUUCUCGGUUUUUUCAGGGUGGGGAAUUAGGAUCCUGUAAAAUUUGGCGAUUACUAUGAAAAGUUGAACAUUGUGACCCACUAUUGCUAUAGUAUUGGGUUCUAAUCUUAAUUAUCCACCAGUGUUAAGUGUUUAUGUAUGAAUAAAUGUUUCACAUAGUAAUGUAUGCAUGGUUUAGACUUUAGAGAGGGUCUCAAAUUUAUAUUCAGAGACAGUCUUUGUACAUUGUAUCCAAUGCCAACAUCAUCAUAUGUGCUCUUCUCUGUCA